AUGGUGUACCAGUUCUUUCAGAGCUGCAACCAGAGCAUUGCCCUUACUGGGUCCUGUCAAGGUCACGGCAAAGUGAAGAUUUCCCCGACUGCAACGAUUCCCAUGAAAAUCAAGAGCACAACGGUCGAAAAGCACGCUGAUCUCGGUGCGUUCUUCAAGAACGUUGGCACCACUUUUAAGAGCAUGGACUCCUUCGCAGUCCAGUACGAGAUCGGCCCGUUCCUCCACAAUAUACUCAAGAAAUCUUUGCUACAGUGCAACACGAAAAUCAGCGCCACAGGAGCAAUCUCAUACGCUACAGCUAAAAGCACGUUUGAGGAUGCUGUUGGCAUCAAUACCUUGGUGAACGACUUGGUCACGUGCGAUCAGACUUCAACGAUGAAGGGAAAGACGACAGAGCCGGCUUCUGCCUUUAUAUCGUGCCAGCUGCUCUCGUCACUGCAGAAUGGCGUGUUCACAAACUUCAGCACGCCUGUGCGCGAGUUCUUUGGUGCCACACAGGACGACCUUCCCAAGUGUGUGGGUGAUAUGGCAGCAAUUGCCACCGUCGAGGUCGCAGUCACGCCGUCCACGACGUGUCAGAAGGCGAUUUACAAGGACACUAGCAUCAGCACCAAGAAUGACUUUAACACGGUCAAAGACGGCUUUGCAAUCGUCACUAGAGGUGCGCAAGAUGGAAGUGUCCGGUACAUGAACCCGCCAGCUAAGGCUUAG